UGCAUUCGUAUUAUGAUCUACGUACAGGUAUCUUUGUCGGAUACCUAAUUAGUUUGCCCCAUAUUUCUUCUUUUGAGUUCCUCAUCAUGCAACGUUCAUAGUUUUCACACCAUUCCUGCAGUCACGUGCUUGAUAUUCUUAUGAGAUGACUACCACCAGUGCCAAACUCCUAAAGCUCGCGCUUCCGCUCAUCGAAACCCAUGGGUUCACCCGAGAAGCGCUAUCCUUGUCGGCCCUAUCCCUACCCACACCACUAGUUCAUCCUCUCCCAGACGCGAGUGUGACUGCGCUGUUUGGCGCAGGAGACGAUGCAUGUAGGACACUCGUACAUGCGUGGCUUGAUGACGCGAAAUGUAGAAUGAGGAAAGAGGCAACAGAGAGUGUAGGAAUGGGAGAUGUGUUGAAGGCAAGGCUGAGGAGCAACGAACCAGUGCUGAAGCACCUUCCAGAGGCAUUUGCUCUCCUCGCUUCUUCUUCCUCGUUACCUCUACCUCUGCUACCGGUGGACCCUGCCCCGAUAGUCAAACACGCUGCUGAAGUAUCUAACCAGGCAUGCUGGAUCGUUCAUAGGAAUGCGCGAGAGUCAUCUUGGUACACCCGCCGAGCAUCCAUCUCCGCCAUUUACCUCGCCGCCGAACUUCACCAACUGACUUCUUCAAAGACAGCACCAGCAUUCUUGGAUUCCCUCCUCGAGAAUGCUGACCAUGCGGAAAAGGCUUUGGACGAGACGGCUUUGUUUGCGAGUUAUGUUUGGAAGAGCUGGAGAGGGAUCGUGAAGAGUUCUGGGGUGUUGGUUUGAUUCUGAGGUGUGAUUUGGUGUGUCGUUCAUAUGAGACAUCAAUGCUGCUUAUUGCAUACU